CUGCAGUCUAAACCACGAAGCUCUGAGAAGGCCAGUAUUGACCAUAUGUUGGCAGACGGGUGUUGGCAGAGGCCAUGGCAGUCAGCGGUGUUCUUCUCCUGCUCUUUGUUCUAAGAGCCGAUGCUACUCAAAUCGUUGGUGGUAGAAAUGUGGCCCCGCACUCACGCCCGUACAUGGCUUCACUGCAAGUCCGGGGCAGACACAACUGUGGAGGAGUGUUGGUGAAAGAGGACUUUGUGCUCACAGCAGCACAUUGUGCACUACGGGUACCGUACACUGUGGUGCUGGGAGUUGACACCUUAUCUGGCGACGAGGAUACAAAGCAGGAGUUCACCAGUGUUAGAUACAUUCUACAUCCCAACUAUGAUGGACAGGAGAAUGACAUCAUGCUCCUUCAGCUUAACGGCAAAGCCCAGAUAACAGACGAAGUCCAGCUGAUCCCUUUGAAAACAGACGAUGUGAAAUCGAACAGUAAUUGCAUCACAGCUGGUUGGGGAGAUAUCGGAGACAACGACACACUGGCAACCGUUCUUCAAGAAGUCAAUGUAACCAUCCUAAGACCGCUUACAUGCCGCAGGAGAUGGGGAAGGGUUCCCAUUACUAGAACUAUGGUCUGCGGUGUGGGCAGGGGACGUUUCCAAGGGUUCUGCUCGGGGGAUUCAGGUGGUCCACUGGUGUGUGACAGCGGUGUGGCAGGUAUUGUCUCUUUUUCUGGAAGAAAAUGCGGAAACCCAAGGAAGCCUGAUGUAUACACUAAAGUCUCGUCUUUCAACGAAUGGAUUACAGGUGUAAUAAGCAACAAGCAUGUAACGUCUGUUUAAUACUGCAGAUGUGUAACCAUGGAGAUGUAGUCUUUCUUCUGUCCCUUUUACACAAGCAUACAUUUUGUCUUGGAUAGAGAGAGUGGUUCCUACUAAAAUGUGCUGUUUUGAACGCAAUCAUACCUUAAAAAUAAAUCAUAAAAUGAAUGCCAUAUCUUUGUACAAUAUGUCUUCUUUGGAAAUAAUUGAAUACUGCCUACUUACUUUGA